AUGUCAUGGAACAGUAUGCUGACUAUAGGAGAUUACUACUACAAGUUGUUCCCACUAAACCACCCUUCAAGGGUACUUACCCUCGUUUAUCAACCAUUUGCAUUUUUGACAAUGGCAUUACUAGCCUACAAUGAGUCAAAGAUUAAUACUAGAUGGCGGAAUUUGAUAGGAUACUCUCUCUUCUUUGCAAGUAAUGUGAUGCUCAUAGUUUUGGAUUUAGCAACAUCUGGGAAAGGAGGAGUUGGUCCUUAUAUUGGUAUAUGUGCAAUUGUUGGUUCCUUUGGAGUAGCAGAUGCUAAUGUUCAAGGUGGAAUGGUUAGAGACCUAUCUUUCAUGCACCCAGAACUCAUUCAGUCCUUCCUUGCUGGCUUGGCUGCUUCAGGGACUCUAACAUCUGUUAUGAGAGUAAUCACAAAAACCGCCUUUGAGAAAUCUGAUAAUGGUCUUCGCAAGGGGGCUAUGUUAUUCCUAGCAAUCUCAGCGUUAUUUGAGUUUCUCUGUGUUAUUCUCUAUGACUUUUUCUUCCCUAAACUGCCAAUAGUGAAGUACUACCGCUCAAAGGCAGCAUCUGAAGGAUCAAAAACAGUAUCGGCUGACCUUGCUGCCGCUGGAAUCCAAGUGGAAGCAGACCAAGAAGCAGAAGGGAAUGCUAAACACCAAGAAAGAUUGAGCAAUAAACAACUAUUCUUUGAGAACAUUGAUUAUGCAAUUGACCUGUUCCUGAUAUAUGUUCUGACAUUGUCAAUUUUCCCCGGUUUCUUAUAUGAAUAUACUGGAACGCAGCAGUUGGGGUCAUGGUACCCACUAGUUCUGAUUGCAAUGUACAGUGUCUGGGAUUUCCUAUCAAGAUACAUUCCUCUUUUGAAAUGCCUAAAGAUGGAAUCCAGAAAGGGCCUUAUGAUUGGAACUCUUUCUCGGUUCUUACUCAUCCCGGCUUUCUACUUCACAGCAAAAUAUGGUGACCAAGGAUGGAUGUUUACGCUCAUAUCCUUCUUGGGACUAUCCAAUGGUUAUCUCAGUGUUUGUAUCUUCACAGUAGCACCCAAAGGCUACAAGGGACCAGAGCAAAAUGCCUUGGGUAAUUUGCUUGUGUUGUCUUCUAGGUGGUAUAUUUGCAGGAGUUGCUCUUGA